AGUCAUGAAUAUUCCCAUCAGGCAUUGCGGCCACUGACAGACAAAAGUCGCAACAGAAAUGGACACCGUGUCGGAGCAAAGUGGAAACACAACAACACGAUGCCAAAUGAUUCAUCGAUGCUUCUGAGAAACUAGUAAUUUAAUAAGAGAAUGUGUCAGAGGCUUGAAGAUGUUAUGAAACUGUGCUGCGAGUUAUCUGCGGAUCAGCAGAUUCAGACCACAGUGAAGGGGUCUGGAAAGGGGGCAGCAGCAGCCGGAGGCCUGGCCUUUGCUGGUGGCUUGGUCGGAGGUCCGCUUGGUAUUGCAGUGGGUGGGGCUGUCGGAGGCCUCCUUGGCUGCUGGCUGACCAGUGGCCAGUUCAAACCUCUCCCUCAGGUCAUCAUGGAGCUGAGUCCUCAGCAGCAGCAGAAGCUCUACGCCGAUGUCGUCGCCAUCCUCGGAGACGUUCAUUGGACUGAUGUGGCCCAGCUAAUGGCUCUUGUGUUGAGCAACAGCAGCCUGAAGCAGCAACUCACAGCUGCCCUUCUUGGCUAUGUCACCAAGGAGCUUCAAGCAAACGUACACUAUGUGGAUUAGUGUCUACGGGUCCACUGGUUGUGAGACUUUUAAAUGGUAAACCCACACUGACAACACUGGCCUUAUAGUGACAACACAUUCAAUUGUGAAUUAUGAAUUGUGCCAUUGCAUUCAUGCACAGUGUUUAUUGCGUCAGAACCUACAGUGAAGACCAAAUGUAUUCAUACCCUGAUCAAGCUUUGAGUUAAAAAUAUAAUAAUAAUUUGGGUAAUAUUAUUUUUAGCUGGAAAUGACACAAACAACAGGCCCAUGGCACAUUCUAAAAAUAUUAUUUAACAAAAAACUGUAAUGAAAAAAAACAGCAAACAUUUUUUCAAAAUCUGCAGUAAUUUUAUAAGAAUAAAGUAAAUCAAUAUUAAAAAAGGAAAAAAGUCGAACAAAAUCUAACAAAACAAAAAAUGACAUCAUUUUAGUAGCAUGAAGUUAGUGUUCCAAGAAUAAAGUCAAAAUAUUGGAAUGAAGUCAGUUACGAGAAGGAAAUUUACAAGAAGAAAGUUUAAAUAGUUGGGGGGCGGGGGGGGGGCAGCUGUGAUUUUACAAGAAUAAAGACAAACUAUUAAGAGAAUAAGUCGUAUUCUAACAAGAAAAAAAGCAGCAAUUUGAUGAGAAUAAACUUGUAAUAUGAUGAAAAAUAAUCUCAUUUUAGUAGCAUGGAGUUGAAAUAUUAGCUAUUUUUAAAAAGUUGUCACAUGAGAAACAACAAAAAAUGUAAUAUUUUUGGAGAAAUACUGUGGGUUUGGGAAAAAGUUACAAUAUGGGAAUAAUGUCAUAAUAUUUACAAAAAUAAACUUUACAAUAUGAAUAUUUUAAAAAACGAGCAAAAAUGGGGUAAAAAAAAAAGAGCAAAGACUGAAGUUCAUACUAAUAAUACUUUUUCACCUGUAUCACAAAGCUAAGAUGCAGUUUUUCCUUGAAACAAAUACUGUAUAAGUUCUUAGCAUUGUCUUACAAAAUAUCGGUAGUCCUUGCAUCCUUUCAUUUUUUAGUAUUUGCCCUUCGGUGGAAAAUGUUUGGACACCCCUGUAUUAUGCGAUUCAUUUAAAUUUAAUUGUGGCCAGGAUAUGAAUGCUUUUGUGCCUUUUUGUGUAUAUAUUUUUUUUUAUUAUCGACUACCUUUGGUAUGCGUUAAGCUGUGACCCAAAUAGAGCCAGUUGCUGUUAUAUUUACUCUCUGAACUCCCACUUUACAAUGCCAACUAUGAUGAGACAAAUAAACAUCACAGGUACCAGU